AUGAUAAGUAGGAAGAAAAUCAAAGAUGAUACUACUUUCAGUCCAAACGACAGUGUAAUUUAUUACGACAAAAAAGGGAAUGUCAUUGACGCACUGAACCAAUCUGGGUAGGCUCUACUAUAUAUCACCGAAAUAUCAAUUUUUUUUAGAAAAGUUGUUGAAAUUGCCUGGGACAAAGAAGGAGAUGUGCUCGCGAUUGCUGUGGCUAAUAGCGGAACAAUAGUUCUGUGGGAUGUGAAUUCUCGAAAUACCGAUUCAGUUGAAAGCGGAGCUACGUCUUCAAAGUAGGCGUCGAAAUAAUGAAAAACCAAAUUAUGUCGUAUUCAGAGAGCUCCCAACUUGUCUAGCAUGGUCGCCGACAAGCCCCAUUCUCGUUGUAGGCAAUAACGCAGGAAACUUGAUGGUGUACAAUCACAGAACAACUAGACGUAUAGCUUUAAUGGGAAAGCAUCAACGGAGUGUGACCGGAAUUAAAGUGACUCCCGAUGAUCUGAUCAUCUCGUGCAGCGAUGAUAACACUUUGGCAGUCACGACUAUGGAUGGGACGACGGUGAACUCAAUGACCACAUCUUAUGAGCCCGCUAAUCUAAACUAUGGAAUUGUGAACGGAAAAGGAGUGAACGGACAGUUGAUGCUGAGCGCAGUACUUGGAAAGAAGCACUUGUUACUUUGCACUAUCGAUGGAAUGAAUGACCCGGCGAAUCUUCAGUUCCAGGAGAAAUACGGAAACAUCCUCUCCUACGCAUGGUAUAACGAUGGCUACAUUCUGGUUGGAUUCGAUAAAGGUUACAUCAUAUCAGUGUCCGGACAUAAGCUAGAAAUGGGAAGUGAAAUCAAUUCGUUUAUGGAAUUUCGGACUAGUCUAGCAGCUUUGACAGUCAGUCAAUCGUUCAACAAACUUCUUUCUAUCGGAGACAACUUGGUAAAAGUUCGAGAGCUGGACGAAGUGACCAAUGUGGUCAUGAUGACAGAUAUCGAUACAGACAAAAGUGGGUUAAUCAGAAGGAGAAACGAGAAAAGUCGAGCAUUUUUUAGACCUAAGCGCGAUCGAAGUCACUGACGACGGGCAGCUAGUUGCCGUUUCAUGUUUGGGCGGAGUUCUCUCGGUUUUUGUCACUAAAAUGCCGUCCUUGGCGGCUUCUUACAACACCUCUGUUUGCUACCUCACUAACCUAACACAAGUGACUUUGGUCGCCGAGGUUGAUAAAAAAGGAUCAGUCACCUUGGAACUUGGCGUUGAGCCAACUGUAAUGGGCUUGGGACCUGUAAAUUUGGCAGUGGCUAACAACAAUAAUGUGUAUUUUUAUGAAUAUCACACUCCGGCGCAAGUUCAAGCAUCGCAACAGCUACAAUCGGUACAGAGCGGAGAGAAGCGUACGAGAAUCACUCAACGACGGCGUUCAGUUCAAUUCUACAUUUCAGAAUCAAUAAUUAACGCGGAAGUGAUAAAUCGUGUCGAAUACUUGUCGACGGUAACUCACAUACAACUCAAUUAUUCGUACGCUGCCAUACACUACGGCAACAAAGUCCGGUUGCAUUCGAUUCGGAAAUCCGACGAGAAUACUUCAAUCGAGUUCCCCGAAGUGAAUCGGAGCUCGUCGCUCUUGUCGUUCGCUCUCACGGAAAACUUUUUAAUAUUUACAACGAGCGUGAGUUUUAAAAAUGAGGCAAAACUGAGCAAGCGAAAAGUUUAUCGGAAAUCGAAGAGGAGAAAGUGAGAAACAUCAAUUUUCCCGCCGACCGUUUGGCGCGCGCUCCAUUAAAUUCUUCGGCCACCGUCACGCGGCCACCAUGCGUUUUCGACGAUAGAAGUGCGAAACAGGCGAUUUUAGGCGUCUGCGCCUGUUUUUUCAGGCGUCUGCGCCUGUUUUUUCAGGCGUCAGCGCCUGUUUUUUCAGGCGCCUGUUCUGCAUCUCUACCGUACGCCUUGGGCCCCGAAAAAAAGAAAAUUGACAGAACUGAAUAUUUUCAGAACAAUUAUAUAAUCUACUUCUCGUUAACCGAAUGGGCGGUAGUGAGUGAAUACCGCCACGUGGUGCCUGUCCGAAACAUUUUUCCGCAUCCGACAAACGUUAUCUGCUGCUGUUUUGAUGAUCGUUUGGACACUAUCAUUUACUCGUAUGCUUGUAACUUUGCAAAGAUUUAUGAACUCAAACUAUUUCAGUGCCACUGACGACGAGGUGUUCAAGCUUCCGCAAGUGGGGACUAGUGCGCAUGUAAGUUGAGGAUUACUGUAGGAUUCUGAUUCUGAUCAAAAUGUUCCAGUUCAAAGGUGCUCUAUGGGAGACGUUUGUUGUGGACCGCAACACGUUCGCCGUGUUCGAUCAACAAAACAUCCACGUUUUCUUGCUGACCAAACAGCACAUCCAAGGGGAUCCAGUGAUAUACGUGAGCAGCACUCGACUCCCCCACGGCUACACCCCACUUUCCCUGAACAAAGGCAUUGUGUCGUGUCUUCUGAGCAACGGAAAACUGACAUCGGUCUUGCUGGAUUCGCACAAAACCGACUCGAUAAUUUCGGACAAGUCCGAAAAUGUGAUUGAUGAGAUUCUGACGAGAAAUUUAUUAAUGCACAGGUAA